AUGGCGAGCGUCUGCCCCGAGGCGGUGAGGUGCGAGUGGAUGUCGCGCCUUGUAACUUCUGGACAGGGGGUCUGGCAGCACUCGGCGAGCAGCAGGCGGGUUGACAUGGGUGCAUUGCUCUGGAGCCAACCUCCUCUUAUCCAACCAGGGCCUGCGCCUCUUUUCCAACAAUUUGCAUCAAGUCAAGUUAUGCUCCUCCUCGGUGACUUGAAUGUGACUCUACACACAGACACACACACACACACAGCGAGAGCGACCAGGUGA